AUGAAAAGCCUUAUCGAAAACUUACCUAACUUUAGCUUUUCAAAACCGUCCUGGACAUAUUUAAAUAACAUCACGUUAGCAGAUCCCGAAUUUAAUAUCAGUCGCCCGGUCGACCCUCCGUUAGGAGCAGAUGUUUAUUCUUUAAUUUUAUUGGAGGGAAUUUGUAGGUUGAAUGAUAAUAUACCGAUAACUCAGAAUACUCGUUUAGGUUGGAUUUUAAUUGGUAACGUCAAAACUUUACAAUGUAACUUGAUCAUUAACGACUUAAAGGAGAUCCAAAAAUUCUGGGAGAUGGAGGAUAUCAGUGAAGAAUCUACGCUAGCAUUAGAUGAUCAACAAUGCAUCGACUAUUACAAGUCUGCUACUAUCAGGCGUGAAGACGGUCGAUACGAAGUACGUUUGCCCCUCGACCCAGACUUUUCGGAUAAGCUAGGAGAGUCAAAAUCAAAAGCUAUCGCUCAAUUUAAAUCGUUAGAAAACAUAUUCAAAAAACAUGAAAACAUUAAAAAUCAAUAUCAAUCAUUUAUAAACGAAUACCGCGCCCUCGGACACAUGAUUGCAGCUACCGGUAAACCGACGCAGGGACGUCGGCAUUGUGUAUUAACUCAUCAUUGUGUGCGUGCUGACGACACUAUCAUGAAUUCUAAAUUUAGAGUGGUAUUUAAUGCUUCGUGUAAAACAUCAUGGGGGAAUAGCUUGAAUGACGUUAUGAAAUGUGGUCCUAAUCUCCAAGAGGAUCUGCAGUCUCUCAUAAUCAAGUAUAGACAAUAUCAGUUUGCAUUCACAGCCGACAUUGAAAAAAUGUCCAGGCAGAUUUGGAUCCACCCCGAUGAUCAACAGUUAUUAAGAAUCGUUUGGCGUGACUCUCCCUCAGAACCUAUCAAAGACUAUCAACUUACCACGGUCACAUACGGAAUGAAAGCAGCGCCGUUCCUAGCGAUGAUGACUCUCAAACAGCUUGCAUGUGAUGAAUAA